AUGCAAUCUUGGCUUGCAGAAAAAGGUAUCGCGUUUACUUCCGACAUGUUGAAGUCAGAGCUUUACGACAUAAUAAAAAAACACAAAGAGAGCCACAAAAUCUACAGCAUCGACAAAAUACUGCAAGAACAUAACCACCGCGUUCUUAGAUUGCCCCCAUAUCAUCCCGAUUUAAACCCUAUCGAAAUGGCAUGGGCAGCAAUAAAAGGUCAUGUCAGUAGUAAGAACGUGAAGUGGAACAUUACAAGAGUUAUGGAGUUGGUGAAGGAGAAGGUAGACCAAAUGGGUCCAAAUGAAUGGAAAGCUUUAUGUGAAAAAACGAAAAAAAUAGAAAAUGAAUACAUUGAAAAUGAUCACAUUAUUGACGAUUUAACAGAUCAGGAAAUAAUAAUAGCAGUUGGCGCUUCUUCUGAUGAUAGUGACAGUGACACGGAGAAUAGUGAAAAUAGCUCCGACGAAGAUGAAAUAGUCGCACCACAGCCAAGCACAAGUGGGACAGCUCGUGAUAGUGGUUGCCAUCGCACCGACGAGUACAUAAGCGGUGUACGUUUUAUAAACUAUGAAGACAGCGGUAGCGAUUUCGAUAUGCAAUAA